UAAAUAAAGAAACCGAAUGGCAGCGACGCGGGCUAUAAAAGCCAAUCUCAGCCUCCGAUUUUAAUUCAGACGCGCAUAAUCAAGCGAGUGACAAUAACUCCCAAACGGAAGUGAACAUUUCAAGUGAAUAACUUCAAAAAACAAACGGAAGCCCCGAAGAAUUACCGGCAUCUUGCAUAACUGAUAUAAAAAAUCCUAACAAAAUGCAAUCUAUGGCCAGACAAACUGCGCGAGCCCUUCCCCAAGUGGGCAAGCAAGUGAGCUAUCUUUCCACGAGCGGAGCCUGGAGGGCAGCAGCCGGAGGUGGUGACAUGGUUGUGGAGAUCAAGGAACCCAAGACCCGUACCGAGAAACUUAUGGCUUUCCAGAAGAAGCUGCGCGCCAAGACGCCGCUGGGCAAACUGGACGAGUUCUCACGCCAUCCCUACCAGGAGAAGGAGCCCCUCAAGCCCUGGCCAAACCAGACCAAUCCGUAUACGGGCGAGAUCGGUGGACCCGCUGGACCGGAACCCACGCGAUAUGGCGAUUGGGAGCGCAAAGGACGUGUCUCCGAUUUCUAGUCCCCCAAAGAGUUCCUUAGCUAGUACUUAGGCUGUUAUUUAAAUGCUAACAAUUAAGACUUGAUCAAUCAAAACAAAACUAAAAAAUGUAUACUCGUGUUUAGUGUAAAAAGUAAAAAAUACAAUAUAUUUUUAAAGCUA